AAGCAGAGUACGAAGUGACGAAGAAGAAGCCGGAGCUCUUCGACAACAAAAAAUAAAAUGUCGAUCGUUUUUGUGCCUCAGAAACUUCGCGGCGAUGCCAAAAUCAACCAGGAAACCAUACAGAGGCUACUGGACGAAAACGACCAGUUAAUACGAUGCAUAGUCGAGUACAUGCACAAGGGACGAGCCGUCGAGUGUGUCAAAUAUCAACAAUUCCUGCACCGUAACAUCGUGUACCUGGCAACCCUGGCCGACGCUAGCCCCGUGGACAACGCACCUUCAUCAUCUUCAUCGGCAAGUGUGAGAACCGGAUGGAACCAUUUGAAUUAGCAGCACUUUAAUUUCUUCACUGUCUUGUUCUGUUGCAGUGACCAAAACUCAGCCUCCGUGCCGCCCAGCAGCAAAAUCAGUAAAGGAAGUUUAUAGACGGACCAUACCUCCUAUUAUUAUUGUAAUUUUUAAUAAUAAUGUAUUAUUUUUGUCCUUAAACACGCUUCUGCCUCAGUGGAUUUAUGACUACUUUAUACGAAGGAGCGUUUGGGACGCAUUGAAAAGAAUGAUAAUUUACUUGAAAUAGUAUGAGAAUAAAGCUGUCAUUUAAUGCACGCUAGUUGCAUUUUACGAGAAUAACGUCAUAAUGUGACCAAAGAUGUUGCAAUUUUUUAGACUAAAGAUGAAAUGCACUAAUAGUCAUUGUGAAGGCAAAUGUUCCAGCUUUUAACAAUAAUUUGCAAUGUUCAUUGCAGAUAUGAGAAUAAAGUUGGGAAAAUAAAAAAAUAUAUAUUGUGAGAAUUAAUCUAAUAUUGCAGGUAGAAAUACAUCAUUUUAGGGGCAUAACGUUUUGUAGCAUUACAGUUAUAAUCAUAAGCGUGUGCGGAAAAAGGCAAUUUCUUACAGGAAUUCAUUUGUAAUGUUACAGGCCAACCGAUGGAAUUGCAAUAUUAGAAGGAUAAAGUUGUAACUUAAAACGUCAUGAGAAAAAUGUAAAAAUAUUAUUUUCCUAGUAUUUACUUGUGAAAUGUGUAAUUUUAGGAGUAAUGACUUUUAGAAUUUGAAACAUUACAGGGGAAAUAUUUCCAUCGAUGGGAAUAAUUCAGAUGUACUUUUUUUCAAUAAAAUUGCAUGAAAAAUGUCCUUGAGCAUAAGCAAGCAACAUUAUAGUGUAGCUGUGUUAGAAUUUCCUUGUCAAGUUCAACUAUACUUAAAUAACUAGAAAUUUUGACACUCUUUAAACUUGAGAUUUUAUUCUUGUAAAAUGACUUUCAACCAUUUUUUCCUCUCAUAAAAAUGUUCUACUGGGGGAACUAAAGUUCGAAUUACUUUCCCUCAUGAAGAUUCAUUUCGUCUUGGUUUUCUUUUGCUUUAAGUUUAUUCUAGUGGGGGGUUGGAACUGGUGAAAAUGAAACUCAAAAGACUUUUGUUCUCAUACGAACCAGUUUCUGCAGUAUUACCUCUAUUUAUUCUUGUGUUAUGUUGAUGUUAUACGCUAUGUCCUAAAUACAAAUAAAACAAUUUAAUUUCUUGCCUUCGGUGUCAAUUUGUAAGAAGAACAAAACAGACAGCAGAAGCAAUAAAAUUACUAGUCAUCUUUUAUUUAUUUUUUUCUGCUUUGCUGGUAGCUUUCUAGACGCCAGCGGAAAAGAACAAGAAGCAAUGUAAGCCUAGCAGCCCCGCCCCCUUUACAUGACCUCAUCUCAUGUUAUCAUUUUUCCAUUAUGGUUUUGUUUUUCCCCUUGCCACCAUAAUAGGAAAACAGUUUAACGUGGGGGCGUGGGGGGAAUCAGCUAGCAAUUUCUGUCUUUAGAAAAGUAAAGUGAAGGCAAACGCUUUAAGGGAGGCAACAGACCCAUAAAAGAAAAAUCUCUAUGUUGAUUGUGCAAAGCACAUUUAACUAUAAAAAGAUAUAGUUGUACGUUUGUACAGCAAAACUGUAAACAUUUUGAAGUGUGUUAUUUGUUUUGUGUGUGUGUGGAGUCGUUUCAUAAAUACAGGCAACAUUGGCAUCUGCAAACUUCACAAAAACAGAACAUUCGGGGCUUUUGCCAUAAACACCAAAUAAAACUAUUUUAGCGUAUUUGGUAAAGUUGGACGACUCGUGUGCUUUUUUCACAUAAAUCGGGAAGUGGAAAAUAGCCUUUAAGUACGAUUAUUAA